AUGCCCGCACCUUUAUUCCUCUCGGGUCCCUGUGAGAUUUGUGGUCAAAAAACUUCUGGAAGACACUUUGGAGUGUUGAGUUGUAGGUCUUGUGCAGCUUUUUUCAGGAGAUCAGCAACAUGGAGCCGGAAAAAAGUACAAUGCGUGAAAGGGACCUGUAAAAUUUUUGAGGAUGGAAAAUUCAAUUGCAAACAGUGUCGACUUAAAAAGUGCGUAGAAGUCGGCAUGGACUCUAAAAAAUUCCAAACAAAUCGGGACUUGAUAUCUUCCUGCUCAGUUCCUCAGUCCCUUUGCAAUUUUCUAGGACGCCCCGAGUUCAUUUUGUGCUGCGAGCCAGACAAAGCUUCAGUUUUCAAAACUACAAUAGAUGUUACGUAUUUAGUAGAUAUGGCAAAGAAUCUGCUCGAAAAGGAUCCAUGUCAAUGCCCUUUGUCUAACAGCCUUGAACAACUUUCUACUACACUUGAAAAUAUGCGAGGAAUGAAGUUGAACAAAGAAACACAAAUUAUCAAGAAGCUUGGAAAGAACGAAUCUCUCAAAACCUGGGAACAAGGGUUUCUCCGAGCGGUGGAGUGGUUCUCCAAUUUUUCAGAAUUUCGGGAACUGGAUGAGAACUUAAAGAUGGAAAUUUUAAAAACUUGCUGGGUCUCAUGGAUCCGGUUGGAUAAGCUAUCGGAAACUGCUAACAAACGGGUGAACGCAACUCUCGACAACUCGCUUUUGAUGGUUGGAAAUGAUUCUUGCAUGCAUAUGAAUGAUUAUGAAGUUGAUUUAUCAUGGUGUACGAAUUAUUCGUUGGAGCAAUUGGCCUUUUUUUUCCUCACCCCGGACGACGAGAAGAACUACCGUCAGUUGAUACAAGAUAUGGUUGAUCUCAACCCAAGUAGCACUGAAAUCAGCUACAUGCUCCUGCAGCUUUCUCUGGAGCACGCGGGAAAAAGAUUGCAGGGAGAUAUACUGGAGGCUACUGAAAGUUUAGUUCAAGCCCAGGCAAAUCAAUUGCAUGAUUAUUACGCGAAGAAAUUGAAGUUGUCAAAUUACUCGUCAAGAUUGACACAAUUGAUGAAGAUAACUAGGACUUUGGAGGCAGACAUGAGACUUCGAAUUGAAAAGAAGAAAGUUGCAGAUGUUUUUAAUAUUUUCAAAAUUCAGUUUUCCCAUCCAGAAAUGUUUGAAACGACUUAAGAUCCUCUGCAUAAAAAUUGAAAGCUAA